ACAUUGUUCUUUCCCUUCUAUUUUAAAAUUCAGCUACUAUUAGUGUUCUCACUACUAGAAAGUUUAUAGUUAUUGGUAUUGUUUCAGGCUGUAACAAAGGCAAAGUUGGGAUAUGAUCCCCUGGAAGUGAAUCCUGAGGAUAUGGUUCGUUACGCAAUGGAAAAGCCACAGAUGAUGGCCUCAUAUUCUGUUUCUGAUGCUGUUUCAACUUAUUACUUGUAUAUGACCUAUGUUCAUCCGUUCAUUUUCUCUCUUGCGACUAUUAUCCCGAUGUCACCAGAUGAGGUCCUGCGCAAGGGUAGUGGGACCCUCUGUGAAAUGCUUCUAAUGGUCCAGGCAUACAAGGCAAAUGUUAUUUGCCCUAACAAACACCAAUCUGAAUCAGAGAAGUUUCAUAGUAACCGUCUUCUUGAAAGCGAGACAUAUAUAGGUGGUCAUGUGGAAUGCCUUGAAAGUGGAGUUUUUAGAUCUGAUCUUUUAACUAGUUUUAAGCUUGAUCCAUCUGGAUAUCAGCAACUGAUUGACAACCUUGAUCGUGAUCUGCAAUAUGCUAUAAGAGUUGAGGGUAAGAUGGACUUGGAUUCCGAUCUAAUUAUGAUGAAGUGA